AUGUGCAAUUACUCAACGCAGCCGCAACCUCAACAUGCGCCGUCAUCCAGUGCCAUUGAGCCCCUGCUCGCUGCUGAGGUCCCCGACCACCCGGCCUGCACAGAAGCUCUCGCCCUGGCCCGGUCAUCCCUGCCCGCAUCCGCCUUCAACCACAGCUUGCGCGUAUUCCUCUAUGCACGCCGCGCCCUCCAACUCCCGGCCCCAGCUGAGCUCACUGUUCCCUCCGCCGAGCCCCAUGUCCUCUUCGUAGCAUGCAUCCUCCACGACAUCGGCAUAGCAGACGCCCACGCAGCUGAGCCGGAGCGCUUCGAGGUCGCGGGCGCCAACCUGGCAGCCUCGCUGCUGAGGAGGCACGGUGUGGACGGGGACGCCGCUCGCGAGGCCUGGCUCGCCAUCGCGAUGCACACGAGCCCGCACGUGGCUGAGGGUGCAGGCGGGCUCAUUACGGCCCUGCGGCUCGGCGUCAGGGUUGACUUUGGCACCUACGCUGGUCUCAACGCGGGCGCCCUCGGCGAGGCUGGGGGCCGUCUGCCGCGGCUGGGCGUCGAGAAGGAGCUCGGUGACACGGUUGUGAGGCAGGCAGUGGCGCUACCGUCCAAAGCGCCGGGGGCUUCUUGGCCAGGGGAUUUGGUGAGGGCAAAAGAGGCAGAGCCGGAGUGGGAGGGGGUCAACAAGGCUUUUUAA